CAAUUUGCAGUAAAUAUCACACUUGAACAGACGGCAAGUCCUCAUCUCACAAUCCAGGGCAGUCAACUGAGAAACGCUUAUGGUGCCUAUUCCGACGGAGACGCAGUUACUUGUCUCACAACUGUCAAAGGAACUAGUGGCUUCUCUUCUGGACAACACUACCGGGAGGUUUCUUUGGGGGGUGAAGAUCCUAAUGUACCUCUGAAAGAGUCCUGGUGGGUAGGAGUUACGAGUAGAGCUGUCUUGCCCCAGGUGUCCAACUUCUGGCCAACUACGUUGAACGGUUGCUGGUUCCUGUCCUCUUCCCCCGAUGGCCUCCAGUUUAACACGGAACCGAGCGUCUCACCGCCGGUCAGCUCCAGACCCCAGACGGUCGGUGUGUUUCUGGAUCACGACCACGGAGAGCUCUCCUUCUACAACGUGGAGGAGGGUUGUCUCAUUAGCAGUUUAACAACCACCUUCAAAGGUGACAUCUUUCCAUUGUUUAAUCCUGGUAAAGGAGACAUAGCAGUUAUGGACGUAUUACAGACCUGAAUAAUACAGAUUAAAACCUCUGCAGAGGUGACGAUGGUGUCAAUCUUGUUCAACCCUCCACAGGAAAAUGAUUGAUCAAUGAUUUUUCUUCCUCUGCCCCAUUUUGUACUUUUUAUUUAUAUCCACUGCUAAGUUUGAUUCUUUCGAGUGAUUUACAAGUAUGACAUAAUUAUUACAUGCUACACAACUAUAUGUUCUCUGGGCUUUUGGUUAUUUUGGUCUUGUAACGGUACAGUAAACAUAUAUGUUAGCAUCUGAAAAAAGGCAGACGGUUUAACUUGAAACUUUUAUUUUUAGCCUGUUAAUUUCUUCCAUGACCAAUUAUCUUAGAAUGUGUGUAAAACAGCUUUUUCAGUAAAUUCAAUCAAUAUAGGACUUUAUAUUUGUUUUGUUUUUUUCUCCACUCCACAUUCACAAUAUAAGACUCACAUCACGAUUUAGUUUAAGAAAACACAGCAAAAUGUCAUACACUUUAAUAAGUACAGGUAGUAUUUACAGUAUAUACACCAUAACACAAUACUAUGCAAUAGCUACUGUAUAUUUUUCAUAGAUUAGGAAGUAUUUACAUUAUGGAUAAUACCAUAAAUUAAUUCUGAAAUUAUUUUUUUAAUAUCUGGUACACAAUGAAUUCAAGUAGGUGUACCUUGAUACAUAGUCUGACUACGACCAUGGUAGAAGAGGUAUGAACCACUUCGCAGGUGCAUAAUGGUCCUCGACUAUGAAGAAUACUUUUUAAUACGCACGUCGAUUUGGCGCCGCAGGUUGGGGGCACACGGUCAGUCAAUGUCAAACACAAACUAUACAAGUUACGUACAUACAUAAUCUAUCUGUGGUGAUUUAAAACAAAUCAGAACCAUUGGUUUCUUCUUCCAAAGCUUUACACAUUCAUGUUUGGUCAUCAGCCAAAUGCAGGGGCAUUCGUUUCAUGUCACCUUCUCGCCUUUAUGUAUCUCCUGCUGUUCUCCACUAUCAACUACAUCACAAAAUAAGGAUGACAUAAAAAAAAAAAAA